AUGAGGCUUGAUGAUUGGGUUUUAUGUAGGAUCUAUAAGAAAGCUGAUACAUCCCCCAAAAAUCGAAAACGAGAUCGUGAAGGUGAGCUUGUUGGAUAUGCCAAAGAGUUGGUAGAUGGAAAUUCUGUCAACAACAGCCAUCUCGAGGGAUUGACUUACGAUUACAAUGACAUGAAUGGAUUUAUCAACAUGUAUGACAACGAUGAGCAAUCUCCUCUGCAAAAUGUUCUUACCGAAAUUCCUCAUUUUAUGGAUGCUUCUCUCUCAAACAUGGUCGAGUUCAAUGGUCAUCUUCAGCCUAGUUACAAUUAUGGACCACAGCCAACUUAUUUUGGCCUUCCUGUGUAUCCCACAGAGAACACUUCCAUGCCCAAAUAUCUCAAAGAAGAUGCUUGUGUCUCCAAGCUAAAAGGAUUUCAAGACGACAUUUGGAGCAUUCCAAAUAUUGAUAAUGGCGAAAUAUCUUCACAGUUUGGUUUUUCCAAUAUGACUUAUACUGAGCCUCCUAUGAAUUUGGAUUAUGUUGUACACAACAUGGCCCCAAACAAUCCUCCAAACAACCCUCCAAGUAACCCUUAG